AUGUCUAUUCUUCCAGAUGAAGCGGUUGACACUUUGGAACAGCUUCGUCUCGAAUUUGAAGAGCUCCGAACGAGUGGCGAUCGCGAUGACAAGAAGCGCCUGAAAGAUAUCCCUCGGGAGGUCUGUGAAACUGUCCGGGCGAUGGCGGUUCCGUCACUUGAUGACAUUCAUGAGGCGUUGACCGUCGCGGAUGAUGUUCUGAACGAAAUUGUCGAUGCUAUAUAUCAUAGCCAUUCCUGGGACUUUCGUGACUUUUUGCCUUCGUUUGCGGACACCGGGGAGGAUGGGCCUGCUCCUCUUUUGAAAGAUACAGAAGCGGGAGAGCUGCAUUUUAUGGGGACUUUACAUCUACGGGAGUUCCAAAGGAUUGCGGCGGACAUGUCAGUAGUACGCGGUGUAGACCCUGAAGUCGCAGCAGAAAGAGCAAAAGAGUUUGGGAAAGACCGUACCCCCUAUGAUCCUUCUACCAAACCACACGGCUUGACAAGCCCUCUUGCUCGAGCUCGAAAACCAGAUACCAUCAACCCCUCGCUUUCCUCCAUCCCAUCCACGCCUCCACUCACACUCUCGUUUUAUCAGGCCCGCUGCUCCAUCACCGCUCGCCAUAUUUAUCGCCCUCUCCCCAGUGAAACUUUGCAUCUCGCCACAGGGUCACCUUUCCUCUUGUACACAGCUGCAGGUGGUUCUGCCGGACUGAACCCCGACGUCACUUUCUGGAAGCUUGCGGAUUUUAAACCCGACGUGUUCGAGCGAGGUAAAAGAAUCAGAACCGAGCUAUGGGGCCCCGCGACUCACCUCGCCGUCGAUCCCAUUCGCGAGCUCGUAUAUACUGCUGACAAGCGGAACAUCGAGUCCUUCAAGUAUACCACGAGCCCACAUGAUCUCUUCGGGGGCGACACCAGCGACGUAGAUGAGAUUAGCGGCGAAACCCUAGCUGCGGUUCAUACUCUCGAUUCGAGGCCUUCCACAGGGCCACUCGCGCUGGCCGAGCGUGGGAGCAAGUUAUUGCGGGCUGGGGAGGGUGAAAUUUACACUUGGGACGUCGAUGGACUCUUCCGACAGAACUCAGACUCGGACUCAGAUGGGGAUGAAAGGGUACGACAAAGGCGUCGGAGAGGUAGAAGAGGAACACCGGAUCCGUUUGAGGACCCAGAACCGGAGGAUGAGGAGGAUUGGCAGGGCACUCCGGUGACGAACGUACUUCGGCUCGAGCAGCCAUUGGCUUCGUCGAUUGACAUCGCGUAUUGGAGCGCAUCGCCCAAUAAUCCCAACAUCAUGCUUUCGACGUUGAACAACACCUUUUCUUGUCUUGCACUCGAUCUCCAGGCAGGCGGAAAAGUUACAACGAGGUAUCUGGGGCACGGUGGGCAACCUACUGGCUUUUCAACCAGUCCUGUGGCGGAGCCUACCCAGUUUUUGACUUCAGCAAUGGACGGUGUUGCGAGACUAUACGACGUUAGAGAGCCAUUGCCUGGUCUCUCGAUUCAGGACGAGAUUCGGACUGCUCUUUUCGUGCACAUACAAGGCGUACCAGCAAUCAUUACCGGCUCUGAUAAAUACGAGUGUAUCAAAGUCUGGGACCCUCGCUCCAGCACAAGAAUGUGCGUCUAUGACCUCUCGACCGGCAACAACCCCACGACUUCGCUCGCAUGGGACGCGCCCCGUCAUACACUCUACGCCGCCACAGAAUGCGAAGACACCAAAAGCUUUGAGUACGGCCGGAAAUAUAUAAAGAAGAAAGUACCGAAGCCCCAACGCCCGAGAACGCAGAGCGAAAUGGAUGAUUCAGAGUAUGAGUCAGAUGAUUUCGAGUGGCGGAGGUGGCCUGCGAAUGCGUAUCAUGAUGAUGAGUACUAUGGAUAUGUGUAUGAUAGUGGUGGGCACAGAAUCUUCCGUUAUAUGUUUGGAGAGAAUGCGGACCCGAAGAUUUUACCGAAAGGCGGUCGGUCUUGGGAAGAUGUGGAACAUUAUUGA